UUAAAUAAAAAAAAGAACAAAUAAGAAUAAAAUGGAAAAAGUAAUAAAUUUCAUAUAAAAAAACAAAUACAUCCUAGGAGCUACAGCUGCAGCCUCUACCGCCCUUUUCAUUUUACACUAACUAACAAAGGAAUCUGAAGUUGAGCUUGAAUCUGUCUAAGAUUAAUUAAAAAAAGUUGAAAAUUAAGAAUAAAAAUAAUAAUAAUAAAAUAACCCUUAGUGUCCAUAAGGUGGUGAAUAUAAUACAAAAUUGAACGAGAUUUGUACUUAUUUAUAGGGAUUAAAAUUUGAUAAGAACAGUAUUGAAUAUAUCUACGAGAUAAUGUAAAACUCAAUUAAGUUAGUGGAAGAGGAAUACGUUCAAAUGACUAAAACUAAUAGAAAUUUGCGCCGAUAACUACUCUAAAAUAAUUCUAGUGAAUAAUAUUUAGAUGCUAUAAUGAAAUAUAAUGAAGACAUAGAAAAAUCACUUGAAAAUGCAAACAAAUAAAUAAUUGCUAAAUUAGGAAUUUCAUCAUAAGAAUUCGAAGAUUCCGUAAUUUAAUUAAUGGAAUAAGGAAGAUAUUAAGAAAUUUAUAUGCUUUAAGCCACAAUGAGAUAAAAAAUGAAAGAAUUUAUCAAAAAUGACAUUAAUGUGCAAGUUACUAUAGAUUAAAUGAAAGAAUUAAUUCAAUAUUAGAUUAAUCUUUUGAAUGAAAAACCAGCCCUUAUUAAAGAAGCUAUAUCAAAGAUGUCUUAAAAUUAAGAAACUGUGUAGUAAAUACCUAUUAUUAUAUCAACCAUGUUAAAUGAUUAUGUAUUUGAAAAGUUUAAACUCGAAGAAGAAGAUUAAAUGAAGUUUAUGGCUAAUCCAAAUGUUUUAAGAGAUUAGGAAAUUAUUACACUUUUAUAAUAAAUUGAAUAAUCUAUGUAUAUGUUAAUGUCUAGUUUAGCUUAAUGACAAAAAUUAUUUUAUUUUAUUUUUUUAUUAAGGAAAAAUUUAUUUAUUAUAUAUAUAAGAAAAAAAGAAAAGAUUUUUUUUAAU